AUGGCUUCCCAAGACCCGAAUGCAGAGCUAAUGCAAUCUCUCACAAAAAUGAUAGCCGACGCCCUGAAGUCAUCCAUCCAAUCCACUUUGGGGCAAAUGAAUCCUGCCGGAGAUGCAAUGGUGCCACCCGUGAAACCACCUUCGUUUUCUGCUCCCGAAUACCGUAUUUCGGACAACACAUCCGUUACUGACUAUUUCAAGCGCUUUGAAUGGUCUCUGCAAUUGAGUAAGAUUCCGGCAGAACAAUACCCACACUAUGCUCGAGUGCAUAUGGGUACAGAAUUGAAUAACGCCAUCAAAUUCCUGAUAAGUCCUCGCGAUCCAGCGGACAUCUCGUUCGACGAACUUCGAUCGGCACUAGUAAAUCACAUCGACCAGCCAAAGAAUAAAUACGUUGAGAGUAUAAAGUUUCGGGAGAUCAUGCAACAGAGCGACGAAUCCGUGUCCAGUUUCGUUCUCCGGCUCAGACAAGGUGCUGCGCAUUGUGAAUAUGGAGAAUUCCUUGAUAGAAUGUUGAUCGAACAGCUCUUACACGGUCUCGAUUCACGCGAACUGUGCGACGAAAUUAUAGCAAAGAAACCGGCGACAUUCAAUGACGCUUUCGAGAUUGCGCACACAAUUGAAGCUACCCGUAAUACAGCUAAAGAAGUGAGAACGGUAAGACCAUCGCUAGUUCCAGAGGGAACCAACAAGUUAGGUUAUGAGCCACCGAAGACACGGAGGGGAAAUCCAAAUGACGUAUCUUCGUCACACCUAUACAAGGGUAGUGGGAAACUAACAUACGACUCUAGAGUAUGCAGUGGCUGUGGUGGUCAACAUACACGUAGUCAGUGUAAGUUCCGCAAUGCAACUUGUUUCACCUGUGAGAAAAAAGGGCACAUUGCCAAAGCUUGUAGGUCCAGUAAAUAUCAAUCACAGGAUCGCUCCACGUCUCAAGUGCAAUUGGAGAAUCCUUCUGAAGAAGUCGACGAAGUAAUGCGGUUGAGCAAAAUUCAUUCAGUCGCUGCGUGCCAGAAAAAGGUAGUCAGUGUCAAAAUAGACGGUCGCCUCCUGGAAAUGGAGGUUGAUACCGGAGCCCCGUGCGGCAUCAUUAGCGAGAAAAAGCUACGAACGAUCAAACCCACGUUUACACUAAAGGGCACAGAUCGGCAAUUCUCCAGUUACACCGGACACAAAAUUAUGUGCAUGGGUCUUCUUCCAGUGAAUGUCAGCGUCGGAGCAACUACACACAAACUGAACUUGUACGUUGUGUCCGGGGACUAUGACGCCCUUUUUGGAAGGGAAUGGAUUUCGCAAUUCAUGAAAGAGGUAAAUCUAAACGAGCUGUUCUCAAAAACUGAUCCGAUACAUUCACUAGUAUCUACAAAAUCGACGUGUGCAGUAGAACGAGAGGCUCUUUCGCAGUUGCUGGUGAACUUCGAGGAUGUUUUCAGUGACACCCCUGGUAAGCUGAUUGGGCCUCCCGCAUCAGUGCAUUUGAAACCUGGAACAACUCCCAUUUUCGUAAAAGCUCGAGACGUACCACUUGCAUUGAAAAGCCAAUAUGCCGAAGAAAUUGAUAAAAAAUUAGCAUCUGGUGCCUAUGAGAGAGUGGAUUACUCUGAAUGGGCCUCCCCCACACACAUUGUGGUCAAGAAGAACGGAAAACUACGCAUCACCGGCAAUUACAAACCAACGGUAAACCCUCGAAUGAUUAUCGACGAACAUCCGAUCCCCAAAAUCGAAUACAUUUUCAACCAAAUGAAUGGAGCCAGUUUGUUCUGUCAUCUGGAUGUUACGGACGCUUACACACACCUUCCUAUUGACGCAGAGUUCCAACAUGUUCUAACUCUCAAUACACCAACACAUGGACUGGUACGCCCUACAAGAGCAGUCUACGGGGCGGCAAACAUUCCAGCGAUCUGGCAACGUCGUAUGGAAACGGUAUUUCAAGGUCUAUCCAAUGUCAUCAACUUUUAUGACGAUAUUAUAUUUUAUGCAGACGGGUACGAAAACCUCAUCUCAGCCCUCACAUCGGUUUUUGAAAGAUUAAGGCACCAUGGUUUACGUUUAAACCGAUCCAAAUGUAUUUUCGCCUCGCCGGUACUUGAAUGUCUGGGUCACAAAAUAAAUGCACACGUGUUGCACAAAUCAGACAAACACAUUGAAGCCAUACGGGAUGCACCCCGUCCUUCAAACAAAGAGGAGCUACAACUGUUUUUAGGAAAAGCCACGUACUAUAAUUCGUUUAUUCCUAAUCUCUCAACACGAUCUCGUUAUCUGCGUGAUAUGCUACAAGACGAAGCUUUCGAGUGGAAGCCGGAACGAGUGACAGCUUAUGAAGACAUUAAAUCAAUACUAAUUUCACCACAAGUAUUAAUGCAGUAUAACCCGGCUCUUCCUUUGUUGCUAGCAACAGACGCUAGCAAAACCGGUUUAGGAGCUGUCCUAUCACAUCGCCUGGCGAAUGGCUUGGAACGACCGAUUGCUUACGCAAGCUGCUCAAUGUCUCCUACUGAGCAGCGCUAUCCGCAGAUUGACAAAGAGGCUCUCGCUAUCGUGUGGGCGAUCAAAAAGUUUUUUCACUUCCUCUACGCUCGCCGAUUAACUCUAAUCACCGACCACAAACCGUUGACGCAAAUUCUUCACCCUACUAAAUCGCUCCCAAAUUUGUGCAUCAGUAGAAUGGCCAAUUAUGCUGAUUAUUUGGCACAUUUCAAUUACGACGUUGUGUACAAAUCAACGAAGGAGAACGUAAAUGCAGACUACUGUUCUCGUAUCACACGACCACCAACAAAGGAACAAGUAAACAAACUUUCACUUCGUGAGGGAAGAGACAUCGGUGAAGACGAGUUCGACGUAUUUGCUCUUCGUCAAAUUGCACAACUACCCAUACGCGCAGAUCACAUCGCUCGAGAGACACGCAAAGAUUCUAGUCUUGGUAAAAUCACUCAACUUUUGGAAGCCGGUUCUGAUUUGUCACGAUUUGGCUAUAAAGCUCCGGAGGUGAAAUCUUCGCUGGCUGCAGGUUGUUUAGUGUUCGAACACAGAGUUGUAGUGCCGCCAGUGCUGCGACAGUUUGUGUUAAAAGACCUCCAUGUAGCACAUAUUGGGAUUGUGAAAAUGAAGGGCCUCGCUCGCUCGUUUGUUUAUUGGCCAGGAAUAGAUGCUGACAUCGAAAACACAGCAAAAUCGUGCCCUGAGUGUGCUCGUCAAGCACACGCUCCCCCGAAGUUUAGUGAACACCACUGGCAGUAUCCCAAAGGCCCCUGGGAAAGAAUACAUAUAGAUUAUGCGGGUCCAGUGGCAGGCUCAAUGUUACUGAUUAUUGUAGACGCGUACAGUAAAUGGUUUUAG